ACAGAGGGAGCUGAACACGGAAGUGGUGGCGGCCCCUGGGGAGCAGGCGGGGGUGGUGACCGAGACCUACGAGGCGAGAACCGAGCGCCGAGGGACAGCGGGGGUUGCAGAAAGGCAUCCGCCCUGUAGGACCUGUACGAGGUGCAGGAGUGGCUGGUCCUCCCUUCUCCACUCCAGAGAGCGCUCAAGAGUGAUGGCGAUGGUGAUGGCGGCAGUUAUUUGGACAGCCCCAGCUAAGCUGCGAUCCGGGAGAUACAUCCAGAAAGUGUCCAGAAGAAACUUCCUGCAAGAAAAACUGAAAAAACCGUACUUAUAACACAGGAAUUUCUGGAUAAUUCGUAAAAAUGGCAGAAAAUAGUGAAAAUAAUAGUAAAAAUGUAGAUGUAAGGCCCAAAACUACUCGGAGUAGAAGUGCUGACAGAAAGGAUGGUUAUGUGUGGAGUGGAAAGAAGUUAUCUUGGUCAAAAAAGAGUGAGAGUUGUUCAGAUGCUGAAACAGUGAAUGCAAUAGAGAAAACUGAAGUUCCUUUAAGGAACCAGGAAAGGAAGCACAGCUGUUCAUCUAUCGAGUUGGACUUAGAUCAUUCCUGUGGACAUAGAUUUUUAGGCCGAUCUCUUAAGCAGAAACUGCAAGAUGCUGUGGGGCAGUGUUUUCCAUUAAAGAAUUGUAGUAGUCGGCACUCUUCAGGGCUUCCAUCUAAAAGAAAAAUUCAUAUCAGUGAACUCAUGUUAGAUAAGUGUCCAUUCCCACCUCGAUCAGAUUUAGCCUUUAGGUGGCAUUUUAUUAAACGACAUACUGCUCCUAUAAAUCCCAAAUCAGAUGGGUGGGUAAGCACAGACUUGUCUCAAAGUGAGUCGAGGGAAGGUCAGCCAAAACAAAGAAGAAACAUGGAAGAAAAUGUAAACUGUUUCUCACAUACUAAUGUUCCACCCUGUGUCAUAACUACCAACAAUGCUUCAUGUAGAGGUGGUCCUAUGACUGGCUCUGUGAUGAACCUGGUUUCAAAUAACAGCAUAGAAGAUAGUGAUAUGGAUUCAGAUGAUGAAAUUAUAACACUUUGCACAAGUUCCAGAAAAAGAAACAAACCCAGAUGGGAAAUAGAUGAUGAAAUCCUGCAGUUGGAAACACCUCCUAAGUACCACACCCAGAUUGAUUAUGUCCAUUGUCUCGUACCAGACCUCCUUCAGAUCAAUAACAAUCCAUGUUACUGGGGAGUUAUGGAUAAAUAUGCAGCUGAAGCUCUACUAGAAGGAAAACCAGAGGGUACCUUUUUACUUCGAGACUCAGCACAGGAAGACUAUUUAUUCUCUGUUAGUUUUAGACGCUAUAGUCGUUCUCUUCAUGCUAGAAUUGAGCAGUGGAAUCACAACUUCAGCUUUGAUGCACAUGAUCCUUGUGUCUUUCAUUCUCCUGACAUUACUGGGCUCCUGGAACAUUAUAAGGACCCAAGCGCCUGUAUGUUCUUCGAACCACUUUUAUCUACUCCUUUAAUUCGGACUUUCCCCUUUUCCCUGCAGCACAUAUGCAGAACAGUUAUUUGUAACUGUACAACUUAUGAUGGCAUUGAUGCCCUUCCAAUUCCUUCUUCUAUGAAAUUAUAUCUGAAGGAAUAUCAUUAUAAAUCAAAAGUUAGAGUACUCAGGAUUGAUGUACCAGAACAACAAUGCUAGAAAAAAGGCAGGAAAUGGAAACAAUUAUAUGCAUAUUUUCAUUUAAUAUUUUAUUUUUUUUAUGAUGCCACUUUAAAUUUUUUUACAAAGGCAGUUGGAGUCCUCUGUGUUAAAUUUUACUCCCAAAUCAGUUUAUUUUUCUUAUGUUACACUAAUUGUUUAAGGUUAUGCACUAGAGGUUAAUAGAUAUUUUUAACC